AUCAGCUCUGUGGAGGGACCCGUCCGUUCAAUUGCUACGUGUUUUUGGGAAGAGAAGAUCCAAUCAAAGAGAGCAACGGAAAAAAGAAGCCAAAAAUAUUACGUCGGUCAAAAGCUCUCUGGCCUUGAACCUUUUUUCGCAACAUCUGCCGACACUUCAUCGAUCCAGACAUCCGACCAAGACCAAGAUCUUCCUCUACUUCAAUUUGCCUCCCUCUCUUGUCGUAUCCUAUUUUUUUGCUUCUUCUGUUCGCCGCCGGGCCCGCUCGUCCUGCGCGCGCGCAACGAGAAAGGCCUCAUGCCUUCUUUUCUACAGGUCAACAACAACGUCUCCCUCUUGACAGUCAAUAUCGCACCCAGCACGUUUCUGGCCUCCUUGACGUUGACCCUGGUGUUUCUGUCCUUUUAUUUGCCGUCUCUGUGUAUACGCAUACCUAGGCGCUUCAUUCCUGGCACCAAUAGAAACACCAGUUCGAGGACGGCUCGGAAACCUUUGCCGCCUGUCCCCGACAUCGAUCCCAACGAGCUCCUCCAGGAUCUCCCACUUGUGAUUGAUAACCGUGCUGCUCUUCUUCUGCACGAUCACCACCGCGAAGAGCGUCACUACCACCUGGAGCAGCGCCGGCGCAGCAGCUCCAAGUCUUACUCCACGGCUGCGAGCACCAGCACCAGCACCAGUGCAAACACAACCCCCACCAAGAAGAAUGAUGCAGAGCGACCCCUUAGACGCCUCACUGCAAGAUUUCGAGCAGCCUUUGUCCCCAUCAGGUCAUCGCCGGAUGGCAAGCGAUCCAGCCGACACGGAGAGCAUGACGGACAGCGCCUCGAACGGCGGCUACAGCCCGCCCGCCUGGAGGCGCCUAGGAAACGGGGACAGGUCAUCGGGCUUCUGGCGCAGUCCUGACCACUUCCUCAAGGCCCCCAUGGCCACCACUUCGGGUUUCGGCACCGCUGAUGGAUCCGGCUUGGGCGGCAUGUUGCACCACCGCUUCUCGUCGAGGGAUCCAUCGGUUGAUAUGGACGAUGUAGACUUGGGUUUCAGCGACGGUGACGACGCCCUUCAGCAGGCUAUUAGGACUAGGCUGCCAACGGGCUCCGUCAGUCCGGAGAAGGAGAGGAGCCCGGAACCGGACUUCACAAGCCAUACCAAUGCGACGACUAUCAAGUUUGAGCAAAGGAAAAGCGAUCGGCGCCCAGGCUUCGGUGCUGACGCUAGGGAUUCUAACCUCGCCCCCCACGGUCAGACCGAAGAACUGACCGAGAAAAGACCAGAUAAUUUCAUACGUUUUGCUGUCAGUGCCGAGAUGCAACAAAAAACGGAACCAAUAGAGAAUGCUUACAACUUCGUCACCAAAAAGUACCGGGCCAUGACUAAGACAUGGUUCCGUUCAGUCUGCUCAGCUUUCUUGUCCCUGAUGUUCAUUGCCGCCCUGCGUUCACUGUUUGGGACUCCCGACUCAAGGCCCGUUCCGGAUCUGGUCAAGGUCGCAGGCAUAGCACGUGCCUUUGAGCCUCUGAUCUACUAUUCCGAGAAUGGUGCGCAGCAAGUCGGCGAUCUCCAGGCGACUGGCGUUGCCGUUUGGGAUCUGGGCGAAAGCGUACGUACCAGCAAUAUGACCUCGGGACCCAUUAUUGUGAAAGAGCUCGAUGAUUUGAGUGACAGUCUGAGGACUCUUGCUAUCGAGCUGACCAAGUUCUUCGCCAAUGUCGAUGGAGAUAUUGACGGUGUUCUUAUCGUCAUGGACUGGGCUCGCAGGGAGCUUGGCCAACUGCACCAGAUACCCUCCCCCAACCUCUUCACAUCAGCUUUCGAUAACGUCCACAACCUUUUAACCUCUGCUGGGGUCCUUGAAAACGCAAGAGGCGAGCCGACCCGCGCCGGCCUAAUUGCCACCUCUGUUUUUGGAAUGUCGUCUCCCCAACGCACCCGUGCUACCGUGCAACGUACUUUUGAUGAGUUUCUCGCCGUGCUCGAAGAGGCCAUCGGCACAGAAUUGCAACACAGUGUUGCGCUCUUCGCUCUAUUCGAGGCCAUCGACCACCAAUUCGACAACCUCGCGAGGACGGUGGCAAGAGAGACGAGCGUACAGGAUGAGAAGCACGCCGACGCGCUGAGUUCGCUCUGGUCUCGCCUCCUGGGGCCCGACGCUGGCAGGGUGGCCAAGUACGAGCGAAACCGUCUACUUUUGCAAAACCUGCGCGAGAAGACAGUCUGCAACAAGCGCGUGCUGAUCGAGCACAAUGAUCGGCUGCUGGCCCUCCGCACCAACCUAGAGAGCCUCAGGAGGAAGCUCGUGAGCCCGCUCGUGCGGUCUGUCAACUCGUCCACCCUAUCGCUCGAGGAGCAGAUCCGAGGCUUGGAUGAUGCCCUGCUGUACCUGGACGGUGUACGGACUCGGCAGAAGGGCAAACUGAUGGAGAUCUUGUACGGUGGUAACAACGGCGGCGAGAAUGGGAGGCGGAUGAUUACGGAGCAGCAUGCCUCUCGCAACUGACAUUUAUUUACUGCAUUUGGUACCCUUUUCUGUCAAACUUGACUUAUGUUUCUUUGUUUUGAUCCUGGGCGAAUUCUUGGCGUUAUUAUCUUGGAGUUUUUUUCUUUUCUUUUCUGGGGGACAGGUAUUGGUGGUGCAUCAUACCGGGGAUCUUUUCGUGUACAACGGGGCAAGGCAGUGUACGAGGCUACGUUGCGGUCGAAGGAAGGCUAUCUGGCGUAUCAUGUCAUUUCAUUGGGGGAUCCAUAUUGGACAAGCUUCUCUUGAUUAUCAGGGCGCUUCAGGCUGCGCCAAGGGACGUAGACUUCUAUGUAGGUAUGUACGGAAACGACUUUUCGGAAUGAAUAGUAAAGGCAAGUGUAACG